CAUCAUCAUCGUAUCAUACAAAAUACGGAAAAAUUAAUCUCCGACCUGUACAUGAUGGCAGAACAAGUAACAAUCUCUUCAACCACUCUUCCCUCCAAGAAAAAGAGAUGAACUCGUAUAUCCCUUCUACCCAUCCUAUCGACGCAAGAGCUAUAAUAACGUUGAUAGUGUUUUUCGUCGUUAAUACUCUUGUCAUUUGGCCAAUUUAUAUCCCAUUACCAUUAUUCUUUCCACGGAUAUACGAUCGUUUACUUGGACGAUGGAUCCAGAAUCAACCUACUACUCCUAUUCUCUCUGAAGAUCCCUUACAAACCGAGAGAAGAGAAAUUGGUCAACUCAAUGACUCUGACGAAGGGGAAAAUCCUCAGGUGGAGAAAAAAGGAAAUUCUCAGGUGGAGAAAAAAAGAAAUUCUCAGGUGGAGAAAAAAGGAAAAAAUGAAAGAUGGUGUUUCCCAUUAGGAUUAAGUACAGCUCCUGUGAUUGGAGUUUUAUUGUUACUCGCUUCUACUUGUAUUCCUGGGAAUGUGGUUAGAGAUGGGAUCGUCGGGAGUGGUGGUGUGAGACCUUAUGAUAUAAUGGUUUUAUUUACUGCUUUUGCUUACAUAUCGAUCUCUCUCGACCACACUGGUCUCCUCCGUUACCUAGCAUUCCUAGUCGCAUCCCGAACAUCCACCUCCGGAACUCGUCUUCAUCUAUCUUUCUACAUUUUCUUCGUAUUGAUCGGUCUGGGAGUAGGAAACGAUCCUCUAAUCCUAUCCGGUACUCCUUUCUUAGCUUAUUUCACCUCUCACGCAUCUUUAGAUCCAUCAGCAACAUUCGCAUUUCUUUUCGCGCAUUUCCAAUCUGCCAACCUCACUUCCGCUUUAUUGGUUUCUUCCAACCCUACAAAUCUCGUCCUAACUCAAGCGUUCGGUAUUUCUUUCUUACGUUACUCCGCUUGGCUGGCAUUACCAACAGUAUCAGCUGCUAUAGUACUUUAUCCCAUCCUUCGAUGGGUGGUUUUCAAGGGAUGUAUACCUAAAAAACUGGAUGCUCCAAAGGUCAAUGCGAGAGAAGCUUUGGUAGAUCCUUGGGGAGCUUUGUUUGGGGCAGUAUUGUUGAUUGUGACUAUCAUUUUGUUAGUGGGUUUGAGUGCGGGAGGUUUGUUAGAAGGUACAGAAGGAGUUUGGACUAUCACAGCUCCUGCUGCUGGUUUGAUGAUUUUGAGAGAUUGUAUUUAUGAUUUGUACAAGGGAAGAAGACGAUCGAAUGAUGGGAACGGGGCAACCAAAAAAGAUGAAAAUAACCUUCAGGAAGAUACCUCAAUCAACAAUGUCAAACCUAAAUCACACACGUCAACAUUACCGAUAAUUGGAAAAAUACAAAAAACCUUACCAACUUUUACCACUGUUUUUUCCCGUUUACCACUUCCUUUACUCCCUUUCGCAUUUUCAAUGUUCAUCCUCGUUGAAGCUCUUCAAUACGUAGGUUGGAUCCGAGUGUUCGGAGGAUGGUGGGUUUCUUGGGCUAAAGUGGGAGGUAUGGUAGGAUGUGUUUGGUUGAUGGGUAUUUUAAGUGUUUUGGGAUGUAAUGUUUUCGGGACGAAUAUAGGUGCUACUGUUUUACUUUCUCGUAUCAUCCAAUCAUGGCAAUCUUCUCUCCCCACACCAUCUUCUAGAUCACUCUACGCAACCAUCUUUUCCCUCGCAUUAGGAAGCAACCUAGGUGCUUAUUCUCUAGUAUUCUCAGCUUCUCUCGCUGGACUUUUAUGGCGUGAUAUAUUAUCUCAAAGAGGUAUACAAGUAACAGUAAAGAAAUUCUCUAAAAGUAAUUUCUUUCCUGUGGGAAUCACAAUGUUGAUUGGUUGUGUGAUUGUUAUUAUUGAAGUUUGUGUUAUUUAUUAAAGUCUACUUAUGCAUUACCAUUGAAACUU